CACCUAACAAAGUAAGAUCCAAUAGUACAAGACACGAUAAAGCAAGACCCGAUGAACAAGGUAAGACCCAACGAAGCAAGUUAGAUCGACAAAGAUCUGACGAAGCAAGAUCUGAUGAAGAAAAACCAAAACCCAACAAAAUCAAACCUGAUGAAGCAAGAUUCAACAAAAUCAAACCCUACAAAGCAAGACCUAACGAAAUCUGA